AUGGAGAGCUGCCGGCCGCUGGCGCUGUGCGCGCUGGCCGCCGCGCUGCUGCUGGGCGCCCGCGGGCAGGGGCCGCCCGAUCCGCCGCGCCGCGCCCGCGACCUGGGCCCCGGCGGCGGCGGCGCCUCCCACGAGAAGGAGCUGAUCGAGGCGCUGCAGGAGGUGCUGGAGAAGCUGAAGAGCAAGCGGAUCCCGCACUACGAGAAGAAGUUCGGGCAGGUCCCCAUGUGCGACGCCGGGGAGCAGUGCGCCGUGAGGAAGGGGGCCCGCAUCGGGAAGCUCUGCGACUGCCCCCGCGCGACUUCUUGCAACUCUUUCCUCCUCAAGUGCCUGUAGGCGAGGCGCCCCGCGACACACCGGCGGGCGCGCAGGGACCUCAAUUUUCCUCGCUUCGAAGUGCUGGCCUGGGGCCGCGGCGGCAGCUCCCUGCGGCUUCUUAUUCCGAGAAAAGCAGUUAGAAGUCCUCGUGUUG